GUGCCAGAUGAAGAGAUAAGUCAAGACCACCAUGUGUCCCCUACCUUCCGAAUGUUUGAAGAAACACAUCGCGAAUACAAAUUUUACCACGUUAUUAGGUCUAGACCACUUCUUGCAGAAAAUUAAUCUUACAAAAUUUGACUUUUUUUUAUAUCUCUUCAAUCUAGGGUUGAAACCUGUUGCGAAUCGUAAAGAUCUAUCGUCUACUUUUAUAACAAUGACUACCCGUCGAACUGAAAUGGAAUGACAAAUUAUGCUCUGUGAUUAAUAUACUGACGUUUCUGCUUGACCUCGAAAUAUCUCUCAACAUAUUUCUAAUGUCUUCACCGAUAGCAGCCAUACCCGCACCGGAGGGCUAUAUCGUGAACUUUGAUAAUCCGGCAAGAUAUGAAGAUAUAACUGGAUAUUGGGCUUUUGGAGUGGGGACCGUGUUGAGCUUUUCAUUUUUGUGUAUGCGGAUUUAUACAAAAGUGGUUGUUUCUAGGAGCUUUGCCGCUGAGGAUGUCUGUUUGAUUUUGGCUUGGCUUGCGGGAGUUGCUGUGCAAGUGCUUUUUGUUUUCAUGUGGCUUUACAAAGCAAUGGGAGUACAUGCGUGGGAAAUUCCCAUCGAAAGAUAUCAUUUAUACGGCAAACUGAUUAUGAGCUCUUCAGUCAUCUACGUAGCCUGUCUCGGCCUAUCCAAAUUCUCGCUCCUCCUCUUCUACAACCGGUUAUCGCCCGUCCAAUGGUUUCGCAACGCCGUUUACUUCCUGAUGUUUGUGGUCUUGGGCCAUAGUAUCGCCCUCAUCUUUGCCCUUAUAUUCCUGUGUCAACCACUAGCUAUGAAUUGGGAAUACGAUAUCACAGAUGGUACAUGCAUUGAUCGAACGGCGAUAUUUAUAGCGACGGCGGCUUUGAAUGUAGCGACUGAUAUUGCGUUGCUUGCUUUGGUAAUCCCGAUGAUUAUGGAUUUACAGAUGCCGCGGAUUCAGAAAGUGGGCUUGAUUGUGAUUUUUAUGGUUGGGUCGCUAACGUGUGUAACGAGCAUGAUACGUUUGAAGAUCAUGUUACCUCUUCUCAUAGCGCCGGAUCAGACGUGGGCAGUUUCCGUUCCUUGCAUAUGGAUUAUCGUCGAAGCCAACCUCGUAAUUGUCUGCGGAUCCUUUCCCAUCAUCCUGCAAUUCGCAAAACACGUUGCGCCCAACUGGGUCGGCGAAACCACAUGCGGUUCUUUAGAAAACUCGGGCUCUCGCCUAUGUGAUCUCGAAACCAUCGGACAGAAGUCCUCGAAGAAGAAAAGAUUUAGAUAUGGAAUCGAUUCGUUGGAUGAUCAUAGUUUUGAUUUGAAGCUGGAUGGAAGGUGUGUGGAACAUAGGGUUGAGAUCACGGCGAUUGGGAGAGCGUUGACGAGGGAGAGGAGUAAUGGGACUAUGGAGGAUAUCGGGAUUGAACCGUAUGGAAAGUGAAGAUUAUUGUUUACUCAUGUGGCGUUUUUUUAUAUAAAAAAAAAAGGAAUUUGUUUGUAGGAUUUAAUAAAUAUACUGAUGAAUUUAAAGAGCGAGUUGGGUUACA